AUGUCCUCGACGACGACGACGACAACCACAGCAGCGCCCGCGCAGACCCAGCACCCGCUCUCCCAGCCCUCUCCCUCUCCGUCGGGCACGGGUCCGUUGUCAGAGGACGUCGAGUCGGUGGCUAAAAGUACGAGCGGGUAUGCGACGGCGCCGUCACAGCGGCAUGCCCCGCAUGCGUCUGCCUCUACGGCCGUGACGUCCAACACGUCGCCCUCUUACGAUCCGUCCAAGCACCAAGCACAACAGCAGUCUCCCACCGCCGCCGCCGCCGCCGCCGCCGUGGCCGUCGGAGGAGGGGGACCGGGAGAGCCAGGUGGUAUCGACGGCGGGUCGCCGCAAAAGACGCUCGGGCCCAAAUCGAGCUACUACUUUGGCCCGCCGGGCAAGGAGCGGGCGUUUGGCACGCCCCCCUGCGGCGUGAUUGGGAGGGACAAGCCGAGGGAGAUUGUCAGGAUCGAACGCGACUACACGACGGGCGAGCUGCCCCAGUUCCACCCGGCUUUCCCGCUCGAGCUCGAGGGAAGGAUCUCGCCGACGGUCUACUCGGAGCUGGUCAACGACCUCAACGACCUGCUCAUCUCGGCCCACGCUCCCGGCCGGACCUGGCUGGACAAUGUGCUGGCCAUCCUGACGUUUUACCUGUCGCCCAUGGUCCUGGGCACGCACCACGGUCGGAAGAUGAAGGAGCUGUACGGGUAUAUCGACGAGGCGAACCGCACCACGCUCAACCCCAACGGCCUCAAUCUGCUGCCGCCCAACCGGAGCGCGCUCCUCUUUUUCGAACUCGAGUACUACUAG